GUAGGCAGUGCGCAGGCGCGGGCCCGGAUGUGGUAACGGCGGUUGGAGCGGCCGGGACCCCGGACGGCGACCAUGACCCAGCAGGGCGCGGCGCUGCAGAACUACAACAACGAGCUGGUCAAGUGCAUCGAAGAGCUGUGUCAGAAGCGGGAGGAGUUGUGCCGGCAGAUCCAGCAGGAAGAGGAGGAGAAGCAGCGGCUGCAGAAUGAGGUGAGGCAGCUGACGGAGAAGCUGGCCCGAGUCAACGAGAACCUGGCUCGCAAGAUAGCCUCUCGGAACGAGUUCGAUCGGACCAUUGCGGAGACGGAGGCUGCCUACCUCAAGAUCCUGGAGAGCUCGCAGACUCUGCUUAGUGUCCUGAAGAGGGAAGCGGGGAACCUGACCAAGGCCGCAGCCCCCGAGCAGAGGAGCAGCGGAGGCAAGGACAGCUGAUGGGGCCAGAGGCGGAGGGCCUGCCUCCACUGCGCCUCCUCUACGGCUCAGCCCCCGGCAAGUCUGUCUUCAAAGCGUCUUUGUCCUUCACGGCAGCAGCGUUUCCCUCUUGUUGUCUGGGGUGCCAAGAGGCAGCUGCCAACCUUCACUGGCUCUGGGUGACAGGAAAGACCUGAGCGUAGCCCACCAGGUGGGGAUCCUGGCUCUGAGCUCACACAGGCGCUGGGGAGGGCAGCUCUACUCAGGGUCCCACUGAGGCCUCCACACCAGCCUGGGGCCGCGGGGAAGUCCCACUUCUGGUCUCAGCACCUUGGGAGUCCUGUCACCCCUCCCUCGGCCCGCAGGUGUCCAGGCAAGUGUGGGAGGGGCUGGGGCCCUCCUUCACCUCAGAGCUUGCCUGGGGCCUGUGACUGUCAGUAAAGAUUGUCUUUGUAAAGAUC